GAGGCAGUGAGGGAGAGAGAGAGAGGGAGGGAGAGAGAGCGCCACACGGUCAAAUUGAGCUUUAUCUACCGCGCUGGGUCACUUAAUAAGAGCCAUUUGGAGCCAGAGGCGACGCGGAGCGCGCAGGAGCCGCAGAUCAUCAGAGUGAGAGCGGCAACCAGGAUCACAGAGCACAUUGCUCCACACAGGCGAGAGAGAGAAAAAAAAAAAGCCCACACAGACACGGAAGAGAAGUGAGUGAAAGAGAGGCAGAGUGAGGCACGGACGGCCAGACGCACGCAGCUCAACUUUUCUAAAGGGCGACCAAGUGAGUCUCGACAGGCCGGAAAGCGCUGGUGAAGAUGCCGAGGGUAGUCCCGGACCAGAGGAGCAAGUUUGACAAUGAGGAGUUUUUCCGCAAGUUGGGCAGGGAGUGUGAGAUUAAAUACACUGGGUUCAGGGACCGGCCCCACGAGGAGAGACAAGCUCGCUUCCAGAACGCCUGCAGGGACGGACGGUCAGAAGUAGCCUUUGUUGCUACAGGUACCAACCUCUCUCUGCAGUUCUUUCCAGCCAACCUGCACGGAGAUCAGAGGCAGGUUCCCACCAGGGAGUAUGUCGACUUUGAGAGAGAGACAGGAAAGGUCCAUCUAAAGGCUCCUAUGAUCUUGAAUGGGGUGUGUGUGAUCUGGAGAGGCUGGAUCGACCUACAGAGGCUGGAUGGGAUGGGAUACCUGGAGUACGAUGAGGAGAGGGCGCAGCAUGAGGAUGCUUUGGCCCAGGCAGCGUUUGAAGAGGCUCGACGCAGAACCAGAGACUUUGAAGACAGAGAUCGGUCACACAGAGAGGAUCUAGAGGACCCUGUGGUUUCUAAAAUCUGGGACUGAUGACACACAGACAGACAGCCAGCAGAAAAGAACAGGUCCAGACGACAGCAGGACCCCAGCCCUGGCUCAAACAUGGCCAACGCUGACGUGGAACACAAGAUGCGCUGAGGAGGAUGUGGAUGUAGUGGAAGGAGGAAGAGGAGAAACCCAGUGCUAAAUGUCCAUUCACUUUCAAUGCAAUCAGCUGAAACUCAAUGUCAACUGAAACUGCAAUUGUAGAGCAAUUGUUCACCAGUAUUUCCUGACAGGUUUGAUAUGAUCAUUUUUACACGCCAAACAUUUUUGAGAUGAUUAAAUGUAGAAAACAAUAAACUUCUUGGAAACUGAUUGAAUUGAAAGUGAAGCAAGCCCUAGAAAAGAAGGAUUAAAAAGAAUAAGGACACAACAGACCUGGGCAAAAAGUAGUUGAACAUAUUUAAAUACAGAGGAAGGAACAUGAGCAGUUGAUUGAGCAUUUUAUUGCAAAUGUGACACAUCAGAGUUGAAGUGGUUUCUUGAAUCAAAUGAGUGCUUUAGGUUUAUAAAGUAGAUAUCAAGUCAUUCAAAACCUUUUUUUGUCCAGGUCUUAAGGGAUUUGAUGGAUUUGAGUAGUUUGAAAUACCAAAAGUAUAUUUUCUGUCCAUGUUGAAAAUAGAGGUGUUAUUAAGGAGGGAAAGGGGAGGACAGACAGAAGCUAGAAGGAGCAGAUAGAGGAGAGCUUUGUUUGGUUCAGGGUCACGGUCAGGACUCAUUGGUCAGGACUUCCAGGAGAGCAUGCAUAAAAAGUGAGGAGAUGACAUUUUGUGGGGAAAAAAGAGAGAAAAGAUUCUGCAUUGUUCAGUGUUGUGCAACACUUCGCAUUUGUGAACAUGCCUUUGUUAACCCCCACUAUGCCCAGCUCACUUCCUGAAACCUGCUGUUUUCUUAGACCAAAGUUCACUUUGCUGGAAA